CCGAACUGGGAUUGAACUGGGAGUUACUGGGACGAACUGGGAGCUCCGGCAAGGCCCCGCAAGCCGCGCAUGCGCAGAGUCGCGCAUUGACGUCACCGCUCCGGCGCACGCCCGCUGGCGCUGACGCGCUGACGUCACUUCCGUGGCGCCCCGUCACGAUGGAGGAGCUGGGGCUGCUCGGGGAGAAGCCGCAGGACGAUGUCCCGGCCUUGGCCGCCCCCCGGCCCCUCCCCGGCCUCUCCUUCCUGGUGCCGGAGCCCGAGGACCUGGAGGACCUGUACAGCAGGUACAAGAAGCUGCAGCAGGAGCUGGAGUUCCUGGAGGUGCAGGAGGAGUACAUCAAGGACGAGCAGCGGAACCUGAAGAAGGAGUUCCUGCACGCGCAGGAGGAGGUGAAGCGCAUCCAGAGCAUCCCAUUGGUCAUCGGGCAGUUCCUGGAGGCCGUGGACCAGAACACGGCCAUCGUGGGCUCCACCACAGGUUCCAACUACUACGUGCGCAUCCUGAGCACCAUCGACCGCGAGCUGCUCAAGCCCAACGCCUCGGUGGCGCUGCACAAGCACAGCAACGCCCUGGUGGACGUCCUGCCGCCCGAGGCCGACAGCAGCAUCAUGAUGCUCACCUCAGACCAGAAGCCGGACGUGGUCUACGCCGACAUCGGCGGCAUGGACAUCCAGAAGCAGGAGGUGCGCGAGGCCGUGGAGCUGCCCCUCACCCACUUCGAGCUCUACAAACAGAUCGGCAUUGACCCCCCGCGGGGGGUGCUCAUGUACGGCCCCCCCGGCUGCGGGAAGACCAUGCUGGCCAAGGCCGUGGCCCACCACACCACAGCCGCCUUCAUCCGCGUGGUGGGCUCGGAGUUCGUGCAGAAGUACCUGGGCGAGGGCCCGCGGAUGGUGCGCGACGUCUUCCGCCUGGCCAAGGAGAACGCGCCCGCCAUCAUCUUCAUCGACGAGAUCGACGCCAUCGCCACCAAGCGCUUCGACGCCCAGACCGGCGCCGACCGCGAGGUCCAGCGCAUCCUCCUGGAGCUCCUGAACCAGAUGGACGGCUUCGACCAGAACGUCAACGUCAAGGUGAUCAUGGCCACCAACCGGGCGGACACGCUGGACCCGGCGCUGCUGCGGCCCGGCCGCCUGGACCGCAAGAUCGAGUUCCCGCUGCCCGACCGGCGCCAGAAGCGCCUGAUCUUCUCCACCAUCACCGGCAAGAUGAACCUGUCCGAGGAGGUGGACCUGGAGGAUUACGUGGCGCGGCCGGACAAGAUCUCGGGGGCCGACAUCAACUCCAUCUGCCAGGAGGGUGGCAUGCUGGCCGUCAGGGAGAACAGGUACAUCGUGCUGGCCAAGGACUUUGAGAAGGCGUACAAAACCGUCAUCAAGAAGGACGAGCAGGAGCACGAGUUCUACAAGUGACACCUGGGGACACCUGGGGACACCCCUGGGGACACCUCAGGGACACCUGGGGACACCUGGGGACGUUCAAAUAAAGCUGAGACCGAA